GCAUCCCAGCUUCUUCUUCGAAGCUUGAACAAUAGAAUAAAGGAAGCUCUGUUCAAAACUAAGUUUAUACGAUCGAAACAAAGAGAGCGAGAGACAGAGAGAGAUCGAAACGCAAUAGUUUUCGAUAUGGCUCGCUCGUUCGGAGCAAACGGCACUGUUGUGCUGGCGAUCAUCUUCUUCGGAUGUUUAUUUGCGUUUUCCACUGCCAAAGAAGAGGCCACGAAGCUGGGAUCAGUUAUAGGGAUUGAUCUUGGUACAACUUACUCUUGUGUUGGUGUUUACAAGAAUGGUCACGUUGAAAUUAUUGCCAACGACCAAGGAAACCGUAUUACUCCUUCCUGGGUUGGUUUUACUGACUCUGAGAGGCUCAUUGGUGAGGCUGCUAAGAAUCAAGCGGCUGUUAACCCUGAGAGGACUAUCUUCGACGUCAAGAGAUUGAUCGGGCGAAAAUUUGAGGACAAGGAGGUUCAAAAGGACAGGAAACUUGUACCUUACCAGAUUGUGAACAAGGAUGGUAAGCCAUACAUUCAAGUCAAGAUCAAGGAUGGUGAGACUAAGGUUUUCAGUCCUGAGGAGAUCAGUGCUAUGAUUCUGACUAAGAUGAAGGAGACAGCCGAAGCUUACCUUGGAAAGAAAAUCAAGGACGCUGUUGUCACCGUUCCAGCUUACUUCAACGAUGCCCAAAGGCAGGCUACCAAGGAUGCUGGUGUUAUUGCUGGGCUUAAUGUUGCUAGAAUCAUCAACGAACCUACUGCUGCUGCUAUUGCCUAUGGUCUGGAUAAAAAGGGUGGUGAGAAGAACAUCCUUGUCUUUGAUCUUGGUGGUGGUACUUUUGAUGUCAGUGUAUUGACCAUUGAUAACGGAGUGUUCGAGGUUCUCUCAACAAAUGGUGACACUCACUUGGGAGGUGAGGACUUUGACCACAGGAUCAUGGAGUACUUUAUCAAGUUGAUCAAGAAGAAGCACCAAAAGGACAUCAGCAAGGACAACAAGGCUCUUGGUAAGCUCCGAAGGGAAUGUGAGAGGGCAAAGAGAGCUCUUAGUAGCCAGCACCAAGUUCGUGUUGAGAUUGAGUCACUCUUUGAUGGUGUUGAUUUCUCUGAGCCACUCACCAGAGCUCGUUUCGAGGAGCUGAACAAUGACUUGUUCAGGAAGACCAUGGGACCUGUGAAGAAGGCCAUGGACGAUGCUGGUCUACAGAAGAGCCAGAUCGAUGAGAUUGUCCUUGUUGGUGGAAGCACCAGGAUCCCAAAGGUUCAGCAACUAUUGAAGGACUUCUUUGAAGGUAAAGAGCCAAACAAGGGUGUGAACCCCGACGAGGCUGUUGCUUAUGGUGCUGCUGUUCAGGGUGGUAUUUUGAGCGGAGAAGGCGGUGAUGAGACCAAAGAUAUUUUCGAAGUGGACGCCAACGGUAUUCUUAACGUUAAGGCAGAGGACAAAGCGAGUGGUAAAUCAGAGAAGAUUACAAUCACAAACGAGAAGGGUCGUUUGAGCCAAGAAGAGAUUGACCGGAUGGUGAAGGAGGCUGAGGAGUUUGCAGAGGAGGACAAGAAGGUGAAGGAGAGAAUUGACGCCAGAAAUGCCUUGGAGACAUACGUGUACAACAUGAAGAACCAAGUGAAUGACAAGGACAAGCUUGCAGAUAAAUUGGAAGGUGAUGAGAAGGAGAAGAUCGAAGCAGCAACCAAGGAAGCCUUGGAGUGGCUCGAUGAGAACCAAAACUCAGAGAAAGAAGAGUACGAUGAGAAGCUCAAGGAGGUAGAAGCAGUGUGUAACCCAAUCAUCACUGCUGUUUACCAGAGAUCCGGAGGAGCACCAGGUGCCGGAGGAGAACCAACGGCAGAGGAUGAUGAUGAGUCUCACGAUGAGCUCUAGAUGUCUUCUUUUUAUCAUUGAUUUGUUAAAAAUACCCAUUAGAGACAAGUUUUGAGGGGGAAAGAAAAGAAGUCUGUUUUUGGUUUUGUGUUUUAGGAAAAGGGGAGAGAUUAAGUAGCGUCUCUUCUUUAGUCUCCCCAGACGUUCUCUUUAUGUUCAUCUGAUACUUUUACUUCUUCAUAACAAAUACUUCUUUUUUCUUUUCA